GAUUUAAAAGGCUAAACUCUUACACCAGUUAGACGUCUUUCAUCUUCGAACUGGAACUUAUUCAGAGGAAGAACAAUACAUAUUGUGAAACAGGAUCCUAAAUAAACAGAAAUGUAUAAGAAAGGAACAAUUCUCGUGUUAACGUAUUUAUUAAUUGCCACAGCAGUCUGUCAACUAUCUCAUAAAGAGGGUCACUGUCCAUUAAGAAAUAGUGUUUCAAAAUGCACCCCUAGAUGUGUUUCCGAUUACCAAUGUUCUUUUAAUGAAAAAUGUUGUCCAAAUAAAUGUGGAAGUGAAUCUUGUGUUCAAGCAAGUCCUAUUAAUACUGGCAAUGGAUAUAAAGGAUCAUCGAACGAUAAUGUUUAUUGCGCUGGAAUAAAAUGUGGUCCAUAUGAAAAAUGUCAAUUUGAUCGUAAAACAAAACGAGAAAAAUGUGUUCGUACAUAAAUGAUUUUUUUAUGUAAUAAUUUAUGUAAUAAUAAAUUAUGUAAAUUUAUGUAAUAAUAUUUUUUUUAUGAAAUAAA